UCAUGUCAUUUCCUUGUCUGCCUGAUUUUUUUAAAUUUCAUUUUUUUCCGUUCUUUUUGUGUUUUUUUCUGAAGCACCGCUCGCUCGACCGACCGCUACAAAUCCACGAGACUUCCCCUUCCCUCCCCACUGAGAAUCUCUGCAAAAUCAUUCGUUGCUUCGUCUUCCUAUGAAAAUGGCUCUCCUCUUCACAUCAUCACCUUCCUGCUCCUGCUCCUCCUCCCUCCUUAGUAAGCCCCGCCUCCCUCCUCCCUCUUCGUGCCAACUCAAGUCUCAUCUCCUCUCCCUCCCAAUCCUCUCCUCAACCGCCAGAAGAUUCCCCCGCCUCCACUCUUCCCUCUCCCCAGGCUCGCCCGACCCAGAACCGAAUCCCGACCUUUCAGCCGCCGACAAGUCCCCCGCCGUCACCGAUGAGUGGGGCGAGAAGACCGACCCCGACGGGACUUACAACUACUCCAAGCUUUCCGACUCCGACCCCCCCAAGGAGGAGCAGGACGACGAGUGGGGGGCCGACGUGGCGGGCGACGGGACAGCGGACGAUUACGUCUCUGGGGGCAACGGCAGUGCCGCUGCUGCUGCUCCGGCGGCGGCAGCGGUGGACGAUAAAGUCGGCGACUUGAAGAGAUGCUUGGUGGAUACGGUCUACGGGUCGGAUCUCGGGUUCCGGGCGAGCCCCGAGGUUCGCGCGGAGGUCCUGGAGCUGGUGAAUCAGCUGGAAGCAGCGAACCCGACCCCCGCCCCCAUCGAAGCCUCCGGGCUGCUCGACGGGAACUGGGUAUUAGUGUACACGGCAUUCUCGGAGCUGUUACCUAUUCUAGCAGCAGGGGCCACUCCACUCCUAAAAGUGGACAAGAUAUCCCAGACAAUUGACACCAGCAGUCUCACGAUUGUCAACUCCGCGAUACUGUCCAGCCCUUUCGCUAGUUUCUCCUUCAGUGCAUCUGCUGAUUUUGAGGUCAGAAGUCCUUCGAGAAUUCAGGUUAAAUUCAAGGAAGGAACGUUUCAACCUCCAGAAAUCAAGCCGACCAUUGAUCUCCCUGAUAGCAUCAACGUCUUCGGGCAGAACAUCAAUCUAAUGGCCAUUCAGCAGUCCCUUGGCCCUCUGCAGGAGGCUGUGGCUAGUCUCUCGCGUGCAAUUUCAGGACAGCCACCGCUUAAGCUCCCAAUUCCGGGGGACAGGAGCCAGUCGUGGCUUCUCAUCACCUACCUUGAUGAGGAAAUGAGGAUCUCGAGAGGCGAUGGUGGGCUUUUUGUUCUUGUUAAGGAAGGGAGCUCUCUUUUGAGCUGACGCAGGUAAGGUUGUUGGGAAUCUUGUCUCUGCAUUCUCUGUAAAGGGUAUAGAAACUCAUUUUUCGAGAUUUACUUAUGCUGGGAAUAAUGUGAUUAUUAUGCUCCCAGAGUCUCGGUUACCCAGACGAAUCACUAAUAAUUUUGAAGAAUGACAAGGAUGAUGAACAAGACAUCGAAAAACUGUGUUGUUGUGGUUUUUCAUGUCCAGUAAGUUCCGCUGUUAAGAAAGAUUUUGAGAGGCCUGUUUGGUACGAAAGAAUGACAGUUUUGAA